AUGUCGAGCACCACUUCAGCGAAUGUGAAUGGAAACCGGGCUACGCACAAAACUGCGGGAAGGAAACGAAGAAGAGUCCAAAGUGGCCUACCUGCCAGCGACUAUGAGCCACUUGUUGUUGUAAGUCAAUCCUACAAGUCUCAGUUCAAUGUUGACAUGAAUGAAAACAUAAAGAACGGAGAAGGGACAAUCGAAGAUCACGCGCUUUGCGACUACGUUAUGAACAGGAAUCGUGAGGAACUGGAAAGUCUCAGGAGCAAGCUUGCUGCAUGCCGCAGAGAGUAUCUCGAGCUUGAGGAAAGAUAUGAGAAGCUCAGCGACGAGCACGGCCAAUGCCCUUACUGGCUACAAAGAAGAGAGGACCAGGCUAUGACCGCCAUGGAGAAACUGGAAGAGAUCACACAAGAACUCGAGGAAGCUGAAAAUGGACGAUGCAUGUGCAAAAAUGAUUGA